AUGACGAGAAUCUUCCUGAAAAUGCUUCGGGUAUCAAUAACAAUGUUGGCAUUGUUCAAAUUGAUAACGGCCGCUGGCGAAAGCAAAACACAUGUGAUGUACUUUAAUGUAGCUAGCAAAUACGCCCCAGAUAAGAGAAGGUUCAUCUCUAUAAAUGACAACAAUGGUACGUUUGGCCCAGAAAUUCGGGUUCGAGCUGGUGAUACGCUCAAUUUGAAGUUAACCAACAGGAUAUGUUCAAGAGAAGAAGCCGGUAAUGACGGUGUUGUUUGGAAAGAUUAUUGUUCCACAGCUUUACAUUUCCAUGGGGUUGUACCUUUACCUAACAAAUUCGAUGGGAUCCCUGAAUUAACACAGCCUACCAUUCGUCACGGGGAAAGUUAUUGGUACAAUUUCACCAUUGAUAAAUCAACCUGUGGUACUUAUUGGUACCAUUCGCAUUCAUCGGUACAAUAUGGUGAUGGCUUGAGGGGUGUCAUGAUAAUCGAAUGCGACGAAUACAAUAAUCAUAUAGAGGAGACCGUUAACUCUGUGAGUGAAGUCGAGAUAUUACUCAACCCUAUUGUCGCGAUGGAAAAGCAGACAAACGGCAAGAAAUUCGCAAAACAUGAAGUGCAAGAAGAAGUUAUAACUUUAAGUGAUUGGUAUGCCGAUUGGAAUUUGGACAUUUUGAAAGAUAGAGUUUUGUCACCUACCGGAGGCACUGAUCCCAAGCUUGAUGGUUCAUUGAUAAAUGGAAAAUCUUCUAAUAGCGAAGCCAUCAAAUUGGGGACUGACACUAAAUAUCUACGAUUAAGAAUAAUAAACGUAGGCAUGUCCGGUACCCAAGUCGUUCACCUCGAUGGAUAUAAAUUAAUUAUUCUAGAAACUGACGGUAUUCUAGUUAAACCGUUCAUUGUAGAAACGUUGACUUUAGCGGUUGGACAAAGGUAUACAAUUUUAGUGAAACUGGAGGCCAACACGAAUACCAUUCGUAUGAUAAAUGGCUGUAAUAAAAUGAUGGGUUAUAUAAAAAAACAGUGGUGGUUUUGUAAAGAUUGCAGUAAUUUGGAUCCCUCUAAGAGUUUCAGUGACAUUCCCAUCGGGAGUCUGCCUGGUUUCACUAAGGCGGAAUUAUAUCGUGAUCUGGAACCAAUACAACUGGAGAGUAAAAAGUUGAAUAUCGAGCCUAGCUCUGAUGCGCUUUUUGAGUUCAAUUAUGCCUAUUACAAGGACGAAAAGACGAAACAAAAGUUUGGAACUGGGGUGUAUAAGGUAAACGAUCGGACGCUCGGUGAUUAUAUGAAAGAGCCAGUAAAACUACCCGAAAUCGACAAGACAUAUGAUGUGAUAAUCAACGCACUUGACCAUAUGAGACAUCCAUGGCACAUGCAUGGUCAUCAUUUUCAGAUAAUCUCUCUUGGCACUGGAGGUGAGGGCCAACUUCACAGAGAUGUGCAAGAGGGCAAGGCGUGGAACCGGUACCAGGAUGAUUUACGUCAUUGGACCCGAACAGGACGGGCGCCAAUGGUAAGAGAUAGCAUUAACAUUGCAGGUAAUUCCUACGCGGUUCUGAGAAUAAAGACCGAGCUGCCAGGAAAGUGGCUUCUACACUGCCAUGUAGACUGGCACAUGAUGAAGGGGCUUGGUGUUGUAUUUGAAGUACCAGAAGUAACAAGUGACGGUGCCAAGCUAGCUACUACAACGGCAUUACCAUUCCCUACCAAGGAGCCAAGCCCUUCUGCUGUCGUCCAGCCCGUGGUAACUCACCAAAACAAGUCUAAAGUAAUCGCAAUCUAUAUCUUCAUUAUGUGUGCGAUCGAUGGCGUCUUCUACUGGUUGCUCAUGUGA